AUGAUUAUCCCUGUGCGCUGUUUCUCUUGCGGAAAGGUCGUUGGUGACCUGUGGGAGCGUUAUCUGCAGCUCCUCGACGAGGGUAUCCCUGACGGUGAUGCCAUGGACCAGCUGGGCUGCCGUCGCUACUGCUGCCGCCGAAUGGUCAUGACCCACGUCGAUCUUAUUGAGAAGCUGCUCCGAUACAACUCUGCUGAGAAGGAUCGCUCCAAGGCUCUUGCCUAA